AUGGGCUCAGAGGCUUCAAGGAGAAAGGUUCCAGAUGAUUCAUCGGGUCAAACGUUCUUCUACAUGUUACCACCAAAUCUUCUGACCGAAGGUGACGUCAUCAUACUUGAUGGAGGACCUUCGUUCUUGCAGCAUAACGAAGUCGAGUCCGUGAAAGGCGAUCGCAAUGAUCCUCUGCGGUCGCUUGAUGAUGACAGCGACGAUGGACCCGUAAAUUAG